AUGGGUUUACUAGGGUCUCAAGAGAUAGCUAGUACAAAAACCGUCUCUUCGACAGAUUACAUAUUCCUGGACCUCUGUCUGUUUUAUCAAGAUACCCUUAAUAGUUUACCUAAUGGAGAAUCCGCCAUGGAAGGAAUUGCGAAUGUUGCUGCGGUCAUCGACGUGAGUGCAAGGGUUGCGACUCUUUGCUUUAGAUACUACCAGUCCGUCAAUUACGCUGGGCUGGAGAUAAGGAAUCUGUUAGAGUGUACCGGACGACUCAAAACGACUCUAGAAUCUGUGCAAGACCUACUUGAUGGGCCAUUUGGAAACCAACUUAAGACCUCACAGAAGCUAAGAAGGUCGCUGGAUUCCACCCGAGAGCAUCUUGAUGAUGCUGUGAUGCAACUCGAAAGAAAGCUGAGAAUUGGACGGAAAACGAGGUAUAUAAGUCGCAUACAGGCAUUGAGGUGGCCAUUUGACAGCAAGUCUAUUACGAAAACAUUUGAAAAUCUUCAGCUAGAUCAGGCGUCACUUGAUUCUGCUCUCCAGAUAGAUCAAACUGCCGAGAUUUUGAAUAUCCAUAUCAAACUUGCCAUGGCAACCCUACCAGUAGCCAAAGAAGCCGCAUUUAAUUCUCAUGCAAAUGAGCAUGACCCAAAAUGCCAUCCAGGUACUCGGGCCCAGCUUCUUGCCGAAAUAUGCAAACAGCUCGAAAAUCCAGGCGGAAAAUGUAUCCUUUGGUUGCAGGGAAUUGCUGGUACCGGAAAGUCUACAAUAGCUCGCAGUAUCGCAGCGCAUUUCUCUAAGGCGAAGGGUAUAGCUACUGCCACAUUUUUCUUCAAAAAAGGGGAAGGUGACAGAGAUAAAGCAUCCCUACUGUUCACCACCAUCGCCUCCCAGCUACUUCAACGGCUACCUUUCAUGGCACCAUAUGUAAUGGAAGCUCUAAAUGAGGACCCAGCCAUCAUUAACAAGUCUAUCAAAGAUCAAUUUCAGAAUCUUAUUAUAGACCCACUAAAACGGUGCAAGAAGAUCCCAGGGUUUCCUACCUUGAUUGUGGUGGUAAUAGAUGCGCUUGAUGAAUGUCGUCGUGGAAAUGAUGCCGCUGCCAUCAUCCAUAGCUUACCCCAAGCCGCCGAGUUGAUAACCGUCCGGCUGAGAUUCUUUAUCACCAGCAGACCCGAGUUUCAUAUACGACGAAGCUUCAAAAGAGUUCGUGCCACCGAUUUUGUCCUUCAUGAAGUUCCUAAAGCAGAUAUUUCAAAGGAUAUCUCUACUUUCCUUCGCUUUAGGCUAGAUGGCAUAAGGGACGAGUUUAAUGAUAAUGUAUGCAGCGGAUCAGAACUGCCACCAGAUUGGCCUGGGCCUGCUCGAUUCCAAGCCCUUGUCAGGAAAGCUGUGCCACUAUUUAUCUUCGCAUCUACUGCUUGCGAUUUCAUUGAAGAUAUAAAUUGUGGUGAUCCCGAUGAGCAGCUCCACAAGCUUCUAGAUUAUAACAAUGCCAAUGGUUUACCCCAGUUAUAUACCACCUACCUACCCAUACUUAAUCAACUUCUCCUAGUGCCUGAUAAAGGAGGGUCUAAAUCUAAACCACGCAGCCAAAGCACAACGCUAGAGGUCAUGGAAUGGUUCCGUGUACUUGUUGGAACGAUUAUUCUUCUUGCUGAUCCCCUUUCGCCUGGAUCUUUGGCAAAGCUACUGGGGAAGUCUUUGCGAAGUAUCGAGUCGAGGUUGAGCGGCCUUCAUUCAGUCUUACACAUUCCUCAAAGCCCCGAUUUACCGGUGAGAUUAUUUCACCUCUCAUUUCGAGAUUUUUUAGUCGACGCUAUGAAUCGGGAUAACAAUCCAUUCUGGAUUGACGAGCAGAAAGCACACUCAAAGAUUGCAGGUCGAUGUGUGGAACUUCUCUCAACAGAGAAUGCACUAAAAAUGGAUAUCUGCUUUCUAGGGAGACCCGGGAGGCCAAGGUCGGAAAUUGACCAAAUGACAAUAUAUACCCAAUUGCCUCCGGAAGUCCAAUAUGCAUGCAUAUACUUGGCCCAUCAUUUGCAGCAGAGUGGCAAGCCCCUGCUAGACGAUAGCCAGGUAUAUUGCUUUCUCACCACUCACCUCCUUCACUGGCUUGAAGCAUUAGCUAUAUUAGGCCGUAUCAGGGAAACCACCCGUAUGCUAGGUGCUUUAUUAGAUCUGGUGGAUUGGAAAAGAAGUCCAAGAUUAUGGGCUUUGUUGCGCGAUGCUCAACGAGGAAUUCUUAUGAACCGUUCAAUUAUUGACGAAUACCCUUUACAGAUUUACUGUUCUGCUAUCACUUUUGCACCGGAGACCAGCGAGGUUCGAAACAUAUUCAAAAGCCAAUUGCCACGUUGGAUAACUUUAUUGCCCCGAGUAGAUGCAGAUUGGAAUCCGUGCGUACAGACAUUUGAAGGGAUACAAGGUGAUAACUCAAUUGCCACGUUCUCACCGGAUGGUAGCCACAUAGUAACGGCCUCAUCUAAUAAAAUCCAAUUCUGGGACACUAUGUCAGGAGUCUGCACCAUAUCGAUGACAAUUUACGAUAAUAAUAUAGCGAUGGAUAAGACCAGUAACUGCCAUAUAGACUCCAUCGCAAUAUCUCCGGGUGGCGGCCUGCUAGCUGUAGCUGCUAGCAAUCGCGAAGACGAUCUCACUACUCUUCAGCUCUGGGAUGUGAUUACCGGGACAUGUAUCUCGGGUUUUGGUGGCCAUAGGAAUCAAGUGAAUGCGGUUACCUUCUCUCCGGAUGGAAGGUUACUCGCAUCGGCAUCCGGUUACACUUUGCUGCAAGGGUUACAGCCAAAGGAUACAGUUGUCAGGCUUUGGGAUAUUGCAACAGAAAGUUGUAUUCAGACAUUAACGGGUCAUAGACACCCAAUCCAGUCAAUUGCCUUUUCAGCCGAUAGCAAGCUGCUUUCUUCCGUGUCUUCCGAUGGGACCGCUCUGGUAUGGGACUUGUACUCAGGUAUUCCUAUCGGACCAGCUCUUAAAGGCUUCAAAUUUGUGACGUUCUCCCCAAAGACCCGCCAGAUCGCAUCGCUACAAGAUGAAUUCGCUAUAAGCAUCCUGGAUAUUGAGACCGGCACCGGGAUAUUAACGCAUGGUGCGCUGCAUACUAAUAGCAUUACUUCAAUAACUUUCUCUCCGGACGGAAGUUAUCUUGCAUCUGCUUCCAAGGAUAAUACCGUUAAGAUGUGGGAUGUUGCGACAGGAGCGUGCAUAAAAACACUUGAAGGGCAUUUAAAUUCCGUUAAUUCCGUUGCUUUUGCGCCCGACGGUAGCUCUAUUAUAUCAGCAUCUAGAGAUUCAACCGUCAAGGUCUGGGAUAUUGUAAGUGACAGAACCACAGGGUUUGAAGGUCAUGACACUCCUCCGACCUUUGUCACAUUCUCGCUCGACGGGAGUCUUUUAUUGUCUGAAGUGACCAGUAAACUCUCUAGGUGGUUGAAUGGCACCACGUUACCGCCUCCUAGAUCAAAUCCACACAAUCCAUAUACCAAGCAUAUCUUCCUCUCCCCAGACUGCAAAAGACUUGUAACGAUUCCAGGAGCACCAGACGAAUUUUACAGUCGAAUCCAGGUCUGGGAUGUGAAGUCAGGCGCAUAUAUUAAGAUAUUUGAGAACCAAGCCACGCCAGUGGCCCCUACACGGCCUCAACAAGUUACCUUGUGGGAUACCACAUCUGGUGACUGUCUCAGGAGAUUUCAGCCGGGCUUCUCUGUUGGUUCAGCUUCAUUCUCACCUGAUAGCAAUCGACUUGCUGUUGGGUGCCUCGGGGCAAUUGCAGUUCUUGAGGCAGAAUCAGGCAGAACUGUAGCAGAACUCGGAUGUUCUUAUCAGUGGAUAACAGCAGUUGCCUUCUCAUAUGAUAAUGUCAGCCUUGCCUCCGCAGCACAAAGUGGAUAUCUCGAGAUUUGGAGUAUACCGGCUAGAAAGCAGCUUGGAACUCUUCAUACAAGAUCUUCAAAUAUAUCGUCAAUUGAAUUCUCACGGGAUGGUAGAUGGCUUGCAGCAGGGUCAUUAGAAGGCAGGUUUUGGAUCUGGGAUAUCAAGACAGGCCAUAAUAUCAAACCAUUGGACCUAGACACUCCGAUCUAUAGUAUAGCCUUUGACAAGGUUGGGUUGUACCCCAAGAUCAAUACUGAGAUCGGUACAUUCACAGUGCAAGGCUCACUAUUUACCAACUCUACAAAUGUGGCGGAGAGACGAACCGGUUCUCAGCUCACGAUGACGCGCCAGGGUAUCGGGAUGAGCAAGUGUGGGACGUGGAUCACUUGGGAUUCGGACAAAGUCCUGUGGGUACCGCCAGUAUUUCGUCGUUCAGGGCAAAUGACAUCUGCUUUAACGGAAUCAACUGUGGCACUAUCAAACCGCUCCGGCCGGUUGACCAUAAUAUCAAUGUCAUCUCCAAAUACGCCUCCGAGCAGGAAUACACACGUGCAAACUAGCUGA